CCCGGGCCUCUCAAAGGGCUUCGUUCUUGCCCUCUCCCCGGCAUGCUCUGCUUGUUUGACCAAAGAGCCCUCUCUCGACCGGACUGAAACCUGGGGAGGAGGCUACGGGGUUGCUUGACUGCCGCCCCUUGCUCCUGGCCCUCUCCUCACUUCAUCCAUUUCCAGACCCCCCAAGGCUUUCUGUCUCGCUGUACCGGCUGGGCCUGUCCCUCACAACACCUCACAACUGUGCCUCAAAGCCUGCAUCAAUAAACGAAAACAGUCUGUACCGCUGCGGCAGUGGCGCUCCGAGGACGCGAGAGGGUGUGGGAGUGCUUGCGUCAGGCCACCUCCCUCGGGGCAAGUCAGGUCCCCCAGGACCCUCAGGCUGAGCCACCCCCACCCCCACCCACGUCGGUCAAGGUGCGGGGGCUCGAGGCUGUGCUUGGACCUGUGCUUUUGCCUGGAGGUUACCGGUAGGGUCUGGCAUGAGAAUCUGCCAAGAUGGGCUUUGCGUCCAUCCUCAGUACAGCUAUUGGUAUUGGGGGAUGAGGGAAGGGGGACAAUGACAUCUAAUGCGGAGGGCUGCAGGGUGAACUCUCCCAGAGCCAGGUCCCCGUCGCCAUUCCAGACCGGGCCCUGCCCCUCCCCCCUUCCCGGAGCGUGAGCCCCUCCUCCACGCCCCGAGGCCAGUAGUGCCUGGGUCCGUUGGGGCAGAACCAUGGAGGAAAAGCCUUUCAAAGUAAGAACUCUUCCUGGGCCGCCCCACCCUGUCAGCACCCAGACCCAUCCUAGGUCCAGCCUGGGCUCCUGGCUAUGUUCUCACUCAGUCCCGGCUCAGGGCAGCUCCCAACAAUCCCCCUCUUCCCCCGCGACAGAGUCUCGGCCCCGGUUGGGCUCGGGAUCCCCGCCUCCAGCUUGCUCUUCCUCCCCUUCCCAAUUCUCCUUGGCUUCCUCCGAUGUAUGUGGCCCACAGGCAUCGGCCAAGUCUUCGGGCCGCCGUGGCUCAGGCGCGUCGAGCCCACAGGACAUCCGGAAUCUGUGGACCACCUCGACGCUGUCGCAGCCGAAGCUGAGUGUGCAACUGCCCACUGUCUGCGAGGACUCGGAACUGGAGGGCAACAGUCUAGGCAGCAAGGAUGGCGGGUGGUACCAUCAGAAGGCCGGCCACGACUCGGAUGGAGGCUGGGAAGAAUUGGAUGACGGAGGGGACAAGGACGACUUCAAGCCAGAAGAGCCGGACGAGCACCCCUUGAUGGAGCUGGAGAUGCACCGCGGCAGCUCCCCGGGAAGCACUUUAGAGGACGGGGACGACGACUCCAGGAUCGACUCCGAAAUUUCUUCCUCAGUGUCAUCGCUCAAUAUCCCGAAGUAUACACCCCAUCGAGCCUACUGGGUGGAGCAGCAGAACAGGCUGCCCCUGCCCCUGACUGUACUCAUGGAGAACGAAGCUCUGGAAAUCCUCACCAAAGCCCUCCGGAGCUACCGAUCAGAGAUCGGCCGGGACCACUUUCUGACCAACCAGCUGCAGCGAUACAUCGAGGGGCUCAAGAGGCGCCGGAACAAGAGGAUGAACGUAGCGGGGCUCUGAAGAGCACUGCCUCGGGCUCGCGUGACCGCCCGUCUCCGUCCCUGGUCCCUGUCCCGUCCCCAGAUCCAAGCCUGACCCUGUUCACUUGGAAUUUGAGUCCUAGAGAAAUAAAAAGAGUCUGUAUAUGGUCCGUGAGUCAAUGCGUGGCUGCUCGUGUGAGGCAGAAGCACGUGGCCCCGCCUUUCCCUGUGACCUUCACUCGGUCACCGCAGUGACCUUGAGCGUUCUCCGUCCGGGCCCUAUCGGCUCCGCCUUCCAGGGACUCGAAAUCCAGGACUUCUUGUAUGUUUUGUGUCUGCUUCUCUCACCCCAGGUUCGGCAGCUUUGUGCGAAUAUUUGGGUGUGCGGUCCAAGUGCCCUGAUGGUGUUAUCUUGGGGAAGGGGGAAAAGGGAAACGGGCACCACCUCCCUUGUAACUUGGGCUGUUAGGC